ACUUGGAUCUGGGUAUUGGUUCCACUGACAUUGUACUGUAUAGAAAGUUGUGUUAGACUGUUCAGAAAGAGUACAGAUAGUAUACAUUACAAAGGUAGGUGUCAAUUGAGUUCUAUAUCUAACCUGAUGUGUUAUACACUGUAUGGCACCCAUAUCCAGCCUGAUGUGUUGUACACUGUUGUGAAGCAUCCAUCUAAAGUGAUAGAAUUACAGCUGAAGAAAAAAGGAUUUGAGAUGUUUCCAGGACAGUAUGUUUUUUUACAAUGUUCUAAGAUAUCAAGAUUAGAAUGGCAUCCAUUUACUCUCACAUCUGCACCUGAGGAGGACACUUUUACUGUUCAUAUUCGUCUUGUCGGUGAUUGGACAGAAGCUUUGGCUAAAUUGUGUAGAGUUGAUGAAUUGGAAUUUCAGGAAGCUUCCAAAAUGCCUAGUUUGUCAGUAGACGGUCCAUUUGGUACAGCAAGUACUGAUAUAUUUGAGUAUAAUGUGGGUGUGUGUAUAGCAGCUGGUAUUGGAGUCACUCCAUUUGCUUCAAUAUUGAAAUCAAUAUGGUACAAGUAUUUGAAUCCUGAUUUUGAACUUAAACUACAAAAAGUUUAUUUUUACUGGAUAUGUCCAGAUACCAAUGCAUUUGAAUGGUUUUCGGAUUUACUGCAAUAUUUAGAAACACAAAUGAAGGAACAAGGCAAACCAGAAUUUCUGGAUUAUAAUAUAUACUUGACAAGAGGAUGGGAUCGCAAUCAGGCUCAUAAUAUUUAUUUACAUGAAGGAGAUGAGAGUGAUAUUGUGACCGGACUGAAACAGAAAACUCAUUAUGGCCGGCCUCAAUGGGACCAGAUAUUCCCUACAAUAGCAGAUGCUCAUCCCAG